UUUCCCCCCUCUCUGCUGUUUCUGACAGAAACGCUCUGGUUAUCAUCAUGUUCAGCUCCUUUUGCUUAACUCCCAUCCCUGUGGACUCACACCUGUUCAGAGCGUCGUCUUCUGUCAUCCUGGCUUCAGAGAAACUCUUCGUUGAGCCACCCCCCCACAUGCAGGCUUUCAGAGGACUGAGAUGGACAGAUAGAUCUAGGGAACUAGUGACAUUCAUGUCUUGCUGAGAUGUCCUUUGGUGGCAACACAAGCCAGGCCUUCUCAUCAGCAUCGCCUCUUCUAUUCAACAUCUCCACCCCUCCGCUUCCCCUACAACGGCAGAGAGAAAGUGUCAGUCGUGAGUCGGUGCAGGAGUGGCCCGGGAACAGGACCCAGCUCAUUUCAGACCUUUCCGUUCUUGAGCACGAGGAGCAGUGCCACAUGUCUCCUGUUCUCACGACGUGUCUCGUGGUGUGGUACAGCGUUACGCUGGUGCUUGGGCUAGUGGGGAACAUCGGCCUCAUUUGCAUCAUCACCCAUCGCAGGGAAAAGAUCAACGUCACAAGCAUUUUUAUUUGUAAUCUGUCAUUCUCUGACAUUCUGAUGUGUGUGUUCUGCCUCCCCUUCACUGUCAUUUACACACUCAUGGACCAUUGGGUGUUUGGCUCGCUGCUGUGUCGACUGGUGCCGUUCAUCCAGUGCAUGUCUGUUACCGUAUCAGUGCUGUCGUUGGUGUUCAUCGCUCUAGAAAGGCAUCAGCUAAUCAUUAAUCCCUCUGGGUGGAAACCCAGCGUUCCACAGGCCCACACAGCAGUCGUUCUUAUUUGGAUUCUUGCCAGCUUCACCUCUACCCCCUUUUUAGCCUUUCAGAUACUCACAGAUGAGCCUUACACUAAUGUAGUCCUGCCACUCUAUCAGCAAAUGUAUCCUCACGCCUAUCUCAACGCAUCCUUGCCUCAGUAUUCCUCCUAUCCAUUCAAAAACUCAUCUGUGCCUCUAAAUUUGUACCGCUCCCUCUUUUCUUUUGUCCCCACCUCCCCUCACAUGGAGGCCUGUGUGGAGCACUGGCCAUCCCCAGAACACAGAGUCGCUUACACCACAUGGCUCCUGCUGUUCCAGUACUGUGGUCCACUUUUGUUGGUGUUGCUUUGCUACGUCAGAGUUUUUGUACGACUUCGUCACCGCAAAGACAUGCUGGAUCGAGCCAGGACCCCAGAAAGCCAGCGCAUGACCCACAGCCGACGCAUCAACAUCAUGCUGGUUGCUUUAAUAACAGCCUUUGCUCUUUGCUGGCUCCCUCUCACCAUCUUCAAUGUGUUGUCAGACUGGAACCUGGAGGCUCUCCCCAUCUGCCACCAUAACCUCCUGUUCUCCCUCUGCCACCUGCUGGCCAUGUCCUCCACCUGCAUUAACCCCAUCAUCUACGGCUUCCUCAACUCCAACUUUCGGCAGGAGGUGAGAGAGAUACUGCUCCACUGCCGCUGUCUCCCACAAGAGGAGGAGUGUGAUCGUCUCCCCAUGUCGACAGUGCACAUGGAAAUGUCCCGCACCUCUGUGCCUCUCCAGUGCAGGAGCAACUCGGUCUGAUUAUGAUGCUGCAACAUAAAUCUACCCGUUAAACCAAGAAGUAUUCCCACUAAACGUACAGUCGUAGUACAAACUUUUAGUCUAUGUUAAACUGUUUAAAAUAAUAUUUUUUAUUACAUGACUUAAAAUUUUUGCUAUUUGUGUUGUGAAAUAUGAGUGAAAUGCUUAGGUGGUGAAGAAAGACAUGUGUUUGUGGUUAAUGCAGUUUAUAUGUUUCAAAAUAGUGCUUUGCUAAACUCAUCUGAAUUUUGUCAUUAAUCACAAAUAUUUUAAAUUUGGUUGUAACUAAAAGAAAACACACAUUCAUCUUUUCGAUAGAAGUGAUUUAGGCCAUGGAUCUGUUCCAAGUUUUCAAGUAUUUCUUGACGGUAAAUAUAUGCUUGUUUGUGUGUAGAUUAAAUCUAAUAGUUCAUCUAUUAAAUUCAGAAGCUUGCUUUGAUUGUGUUGCACUGAUAAUGGCAGUGCAGUCAUACAUAUGUGAAAAGUUUAAUAAUUCUUCUCCCUAUUUAAUACAAAAGUGCUUUGUGAUCUUGUAAUACUGUAGAUACAGAGCAAAAUACAUAAUAAAGUAUAAAA